UGUACAUCAUAUAUUAUAUAAUCAAAUCAUGUCUGCUACUACUAAAACUAUCACAAUCCUUCCAGGGGACCACGUUGGUACUGAAAUUUGUGCUGAAGCUGUCAAGGUCCUUCGUGCUAUUGAAGCCAACACCCCACAUCGUCAAGUAAAGUUUGAAUUUCUUAACCAUGUAAUUGGUGGUGCUGCCAUUGAUGCUACUGGUGUUCCAUUACCAGCUGAGUCUCUUGAAGCCGCUAAGCGUUCUGAUGCUGUUCUUCUUGGAGCUGUCGGUGGUCCUAAGUGGGGUACCGGUGAUGUUAGACCAGAACAAGGUCUUUUGCAAAUCCGUAAAGAACUCAACCUCUACGCCAACUUGAGACCAUGUAACUUUGUUUCUGAAUCACUCUUGGAAUUGUCUCCAUUGAAGUCUGAAAUUGUACGUGGUACCAACUUUACAGUUGUCCGUGAAUUGGUUGGUGGUAUUUACUUUGGUGAACGUCAAGAACAAUCUGAAAGCGCCGAUGGUCAAUCUGCUUGGGAUACCGAAAAGUACUCGGUUCCAGAAGUCGAACGUAUCACCCGUAUGGCUGCCUUCAUGGCCUUGCAACACAACCCACCAUUGCCAAUUUGGUCUUUGGACAAGGCCAACGUAUUGGCCUCUUCUCGUUUAUGGCGUAAGACUGUGGACAGAGUUAUUUCUGAAGAGUUCCCAAAAUUGACCGUGCAACAUCAAUUGAUCGAUUCUGCUGCUAUGAUUUUAGUUCAAAGUCCAAAGAAGUUGAACGGUAUUGUCAUCACUUCCAACAUGUUCGGUGACAUCAUCUCUGAUGAAGCCUCUGUUAUCCCAGGUUCCUUGGGUCUUCUUCCAUCUGCCUCCUUGGCCUCCCUCCCAGACACAAACUCCGCUUUCGGUUUGUACGAACCAUGUCACGGUUCUGCUCCAGAUUUACCUUCCAACAAGGUAAACCCUGUUGCUACCAUCUUAUCCGUUGCUAUGAUGUUGCGUUUAUCCUUGGAUAUGCUUCCAGAAGCUGAAGCUUUGGAAAAGGCUGUUGGCCGUGUCAUUGAUUCCGGUGUUCGUACCGCUGAUCUCCGUGGUUCAAGCUCCACUCAAGAAGUCGGUGACGCUGUUGUCGAUGCUGUUGCCAAAAUUUUGGCUGAACAAAAAUAGAGCUCCAUCCCCGCUGGCGCUCUAUAUCUGCCAUUCCUCUUAGCGGGCUAAAUAGGUUAAUGAAAGGCA